UGGAACUGACCAAGGACCUCCGCCCUUUCGUCCACAGAGAAAAAAUGGCGCUCGCCGCCGCUCCCCUACGCCGGUUCCCGACCACUCCUCCUAGACCACCCCCGUCUCCACCUUUCCAGAGAUAUGCCCGCCUCCGGCCACCGCACUCGCGCCGCAGGUCCCCUCUACUCCUCGCCGCCACCGCCGCUGCCCCGCUCACCGCAGCGGACACGGAGGGGCGGAAGCACGAGCUCCUGCGGGCGGUGCAGGAGACGCAGCGCGGCUCCGCGGCCAGCUCCGACCAGCGCGCGGCCAUCGAGGAGGCCAUCGUGUGCGUGGAGGAGCUAGGCGCCGGGGAGGGGGCGCCGCUGGACCUGACGGCGCUCGACGGUACAUGGAGGCUGUGCUACACGUCGGCGUCGGACGUGCUCAUGCUGUUCGAGGCGGCCGACAAGCUUCCUCUCCUGCAGGUAGGGCAAAUUUACCAGAAAUUCGAGUGCAAGGACAGAUCAGAUGGUGGAGUCAUCCGGAAUGUUGUGCGGUGGAGCAUUGAGAACUUGCUGGAGGAGCAAGAAGGUGCAACGCUGAUGGUCUCUGCAAAAUUCGAUGUUCUGUCUAAACGCAACAUAUUUCUUCAGUUUGAGGAGGUUGCUGUAGAAAAUAUCAAGAUUAGUGAGCAGCUGCAAGGACUAAUAGCUCCUGCUAUACUUCCUCGGUCAUUUUUGAGUCUUCAGAUACUGCAGUUCCUUAGAACUUUUCGAGCUCAAGUUCCUCUCAGUGGACCUGAAAGACGAUCACCUGGGGGAUUAUACUACCUUUCUUACCUUGACCGUGAUAUGCUCCUGGGGCGUUCAGUUGGCGGUGGUGGAGUUUUUGUUUUCACAAGAGCCCAGCCUCUGCUAUGAAAUUUUCUAAUUGUCAGCAGUGAGUCAUAUGAGGACAUGAAUCUUAUAGUUGGGAUUAACAACAUACAGUAGGUAUAUGUAAACCUUUCAAGGCAACACUCAAUGUGUCUUUAUGUAAUCUGAUUAUUAUCCUUUUCUUCUUUAGGAGCAAUCCGUGUCACCUUUUUCUUCUUUGGUGUUCAAAAUAACUCUGUUAUUCCUGGGAUUGCCAAGUUAAUAGCACUUGGUGUCUUUUUUU